GCCUUUGAUUCAGUAUCAGUUCAGAGAGGGAGCUGUGCUGUGACGGGCUGAGGGAGAGACUCUGAGGCUGAACCUGCUCACGUCGCGCUCCACACCAGCUCGUUAAUGUAAAUCUGCAGCUCGUCGGAAUUUCUUAAUCGUAGUUGUUUAGUUUUGUGGAGUUUAGCUUUCAGCUCGUGUUCAAUCUGCACUGUAUUGGAUUCAGAAGAGCGCGGCUUUCUCUGUUAAGGUGUUAACAGGUGAUGAGCUCACUGCUGCUGUCCAGCUCCAAUAUGAAGGAUCGUGACUCUCUGAGCCUCCUGCACUAUCCUAGCUCUGGCAAAACCAGCCCUCAGUUCCCACCUCCAAACCUGCAUGCUACCUCCCCCAGCCUAAGCAAACCCCAACCCUUUUGCCUGCAGUCCAGCCAGCACCUCAUAGCCUCCAUGCAGCUGCAGAAGUUGAACAGCCACUACCAGAGUCUGGCAGGCUCUUCUGGAGUUCCCAAUGGACCAAACAGAGGGUUUGGACCUGCUUCUCUGAGUCCAGCACAGAUCACGGCCCCCGGGAUGGCUCAGGGUCCAGGGAUCAUAGAUUCAGAUCCAGUGGAUGAGGAGGUUCUGAUGUCUCUCGUGGUGGAGUUGGGUUUGGACAGAGCUAAUGAGCUUCCAGAGCUGUGGCUGGGCCAGAACGAAUUUGACUUUAUAUCAGAUGUACCUGCUGGGUGCUGACUCCCUGAGGCAACCACUGCAUCACUUUUCCACUGUCUCCCUUUUGCGCUAGAGGCGCUAUUGGAUGGCUUGUAUAAAUGGAUUUUUGUUUUUCCAUGUGUAAUCUAGACUCCCUAUCGAAAGUCUAAGCUGCAAAGGUCCAGAUGACCACGGUUUCACAGUCAAGACUACUAAAAAGACUGUACUCUAAAGACAUUUGCCUACCAGAUGGAUAUAGAGCUUAAAGCUAAAAAGAGGUUCUCCUGAAUCAAAAACCUGGUGAGGCGUAGACCUUCGUUCAAUUUUUUUCCCUCUCCAGGGACUACUUUCAAAGACGUGCAGAAAUUUCUCAGCAGUCACCAGACGUGGAGUUAAGUUGUAAGCUUCAACAACAUGGACCAGGCGUUCAGCACGAGCCCUACCAAAAGUGUCUUAUGGUGUUCCUAAAAUUAUUAUUAUUUUUUUUUUUUUUUCCCCUUCUUUACUUCCUCAUGUAAAGAACCCCAACCCGUUACAGAAAUUGGCCAAAUCACUUCUGUGGAUAUGUGACACUUCCUUCCUUUGACAUGGGUGGUUGUCCUCACCAUCUGAGAGUGAACUGUAUAGUGAAAGGUGUUUAAGCAAACACAGCAUGACUUCUGAAAGAUGUGCUGAAGAUGUGGUCUCCAAGGACCGGCUUCAUCUGCUGCCUUUUUGCCGUCUGUCAGGUGUACUCCCUGUCCAGUUGAGUGGCCGGAUGGAGUUUCGUUUCCUAAUGGAAGGUGAUCCUGAAGCCGGCGUGCACUCGGAUGGGCUACUCUUUUCCAAAACGCAUGUCAUCGCAAGCCUCGUUUACCCCAGUGGAACCUGAUCUGGCAGGCAGCUUUCCAUGGUUAAAUAUAUUAAUGAUAGACGUGUCCGUUUACUACAGAGGUUGCCUACACGGCCACGUAGCCUAAUUUUCAGUCUAGAAAAGUUGUGAAUAGCAGAAAAAUUCUCUCUGCAGAUUAUCUAAACUAAACAAGGUAGCUUAGAAUGAGAAUCCUAUUAAAAAGCACUAUAUUUGUACAUGUUUAAUCUUUUUUUUCUUUUUUUUUUUUUGUGCUGUAUAUAAAUAAAAUGUUAAAGAUCAAAGCAGACUCUUAGAGACUCCACUUACCUGUUCCUAAAGUUUCUCUAACUUAGAAUAGGCUAAUGCAAACUUGUGUUAAUGGGAAAAAAUGAGAUUUUUGGUUUAAUGAUUUUUGGAUGAAUCAUAUUCAUGAAUUUUUGUUUGUUUUUUUUGUUUUUUUGUUUUUUUGGGUUUUUUUUUGCACUUUCUUUCCAUCUUGUAUUUUUCUACAAAAGAUGCAAUUACGGUUAUAUUUAAAUGAGUGUAUUGGCUAUGUUUUCUGAAUAUAAGUAAAUAAAGAGAACAGAAUUCGA